AUGUGGGGAGAGAGCGUGCCUGGCUACGCAGCUGCUUUAGCCUCCGUGGACGAUGCCCCAGUGCUGAUAGUUGAUGAGAUGGCCUCGCUGCCUAUUCCCGCCCUUCACCGUCUACUCUCCGCCGAAGUGCCACUGAUUCUACUGCUGGGGACCUUAUCCGGCGCUGAGGGCACCGGGGCGGCGAUCGAAGAGAAGGUGUUCAAAGAGCUGGGCUCCGACUCGGCGGAGGCUUGCCACCACGCAUCCCUUCCUUCUGGCGUGUCCAAACGGGACUUCAUCAAGCUCUCACUGCAGGAGCCCGUGCGUUACAAGCUUGGAGAUCCGGUGGAGCAGUGGUUGGAUUCCUUGCUUUACCUGGACGUGCCCGCGCCGCCCGCUGACCCCGAAGCCUACGGAGUGGUGGGCAGGGCCAAGUUCCUGGAAAUCGACCCUCGCUCCGAGGACCCUUUGGUGCCGGAGGUGAUGGGCUUGCUGAGGGGCCAUUACCGCACCUCGCCCAACGACUUGACACGCCUGGUCAUGGACUCCCACAUCAGGACCUUUGCGCUGGUUUCCAACGAAGGCAAAGGCCCCCCUGCGGUGGUGGUUGUGGCCAUUGAAGAGACCCCCGAGCGCCUGGGCAGCUCUGGGGCCCCGGUGCACCAGACGCAUUUGCUGGCACACGGUGUGGAGAAGGAGUUUCCCCACUUGGCCCUGGCGCGGCAGAGGGGUCUUCGGCCCUGGCGUGUGGUGGCGGCCCCGGCCUCGCGGGGCCGGGGCUUCGGGCAACGCGCGCUGCAGCUGCUGGAGGCCCACGUGAGGGGCUUGGGCACCUUCGACUGGCUGGGGGUGUCCUUCGGGCUCACGGCCCAGCUCUUCCGGUUUUGGUCCCGCGCCAAGUACCGGGCCGUGGUCAUGUCCCACGCCCCCAACGACCUCACCGGGGAGAUGUCCAUGAAGAUGUUGCUGCCCCUCAGCGAUGCGCCGCCCGGUCAGUAG